GCGUGUCGGAAGGGACUGCAGCGCUGGACUCCGGCUGCUCAGGCCGCGGCGCUCGGCCGUCCCACCUGUCCCGGCACCAUCCGGACUCGGGCAGGGCCCUGAGCGCAGAGCUGAGGCGUGCUGGAUCCCGCAGCGUCCAGUCCUUAAGUCACCAGCAGGUCGGGGAGGGACGGGCAGGAGGCGCAGCCCUGGGAGAAAUGGCCCGCCGUGCUCAGGUCCACCAGGAGUUCGUCUUGGUGGCAGCUGUGCCCUCAGUCUCCCGGGGAAGGGUGAAAGCUGGCCACUUGUUGAUUAUAGAGUUGUCACUUCAAUGUGGGGGGACAAAAAAAAAACAAAAACCUGUCCUCCCAGACUGAUAGCCAUGCACCAAAGAAGCCAGUCCUCUGUAUCCACACUCUGUUAGUUCCCACAUUUUUUGAUUUGUGAAAUAACUGCCCUGUCCCUGUGCAAGAGCCAUGGACUGGCCCUGUGAUGACUGAAAGCAGCCACCUUGAGAACUCCCUGCCCUGCUCCUAAAUAGCCUACAGGAAGGGGCUUUGAACCAGGAAUGGUGUGACACGUGCCUGUGAUCCCAGCACUGGGGAAGCAGAGCCAGGAGGAUCACUGGGAGUUCAAAGCCAGCCUAUUUGGCCCACUAUUCCUGUGAGACCUUGGUGACUUAAGGAUAGCCCUCUUUCUCUACCUGUCUUUACCCUAGCUCCAAUCCAGACCACAAGCACCCUUUAUGAGCGGGGCUUUGAAAAAAUCAUGAAGCGACAAAAUAAGGAACAGGUUCCACCUCCUGCUCUGGAGCCUAAGAAGCCAGCAAAUAAGAAGCAACCAAAGAAGGUGGCAACCCUUACCAGCCACAGUCAGAAGCAGGGCUGCUUCCGCAGCCUGGAGGAGGCCCUGAAAGCACUGGAUGUGGCGGCUCUGCAGAAGGAACUGGACAAGAGCCAGAGCGUGUUCACUGGAAACCCCUCCGUGUGGUUGAAGGACCUGGCCAGCUAUCUCAACUACAAGCUCCAGGCUCCUCGGAGCGAACCCACGCUCAGCCACCAUCCUCAUGAUUAUCCCUACAGUCUGGUGAGCCGGGAGCUUCAUGGGAUCAUCCGAGGGCUCCUGACGAAGGCAGCAGUAUCUCUGGAGCUCUUUUUUGACCAUUGUCUGUUCACCAUGCUACAAGAGCUAGAUAAGACAUCAGGGGAGUCACUACACGGUUACCGCAUCUGUAUCCAGGCCAUUCUGCAGGACAAGCCCAAGAUUGUCACCACAAACCUGGGCAAAUUCCUGGAACUGUUGAGGUCCCAUCAGAACCGACCAGCAAAGUGCCUGACCAUCUUGUGGGCUGUGGGGCAAGCAGGUUUUGCCAGCCUCACCGAGGGACUGAAAGUGUGGCUAGGGAUCAUGCUGCCUGUGCUGGGCAUCAAGUCUCUGUCUUCCUUUGCCAUCGCAUACCUGGAUCGGCUGCUCCAGAUGCACCCCAACCUUACCAAGGGCUUCGGCAUGAUUGGCCCCAAGGACUUAUUCCCACUCCUGGAUUUCGCCUAUAUGCCCAACAAUUCCCUGACACCCAGCCUGCAGGAGCAGCUGUGUCAGGUCUAUCCCAGACUGAAGAUACUGGCAUUUGGAGCAAAGCCAGAAUCCACCCUACACAUCUACUUCCCUUCCUUCCUGUCCAGAGUCACCCCUCGCUGUCCCUCUGAGAUGAAGAAAGAGCUCCUGGGCAGCCUUACCCAAUGCCUAACUGUGGAUCCCCUCAGCACCAAUGCCUGGAGGCAGCUGUACCCCAAGCACCUGUCACAGUCCAGCCUGCUGCUGGAGCACCUGCUCAGGUCCUGGGAGCAGAUCCCCAAGAAGAUGCAGAUGUCUUUGCAAGAAACCAUUCAGUCCUUCAAGCUUACCAACCAGGAGCUGCUGAAGAGGGGCAGCGGGAGCACCCAGCAAGUGGCCACCUGUGACACAGCUUGCAAGCACUUGCUGCAGCAGGCCCGGGGCCCCCGGCCGCUCUGGACCUGGCUGCUGUUGUUGCUGCCUGUCUUUGCUGUGGGACUCCUGUGCCACGACUUCUGGUCACAUGGCUCCUUCCAGGCCUCCCUCGCCGGCCGGGUGCUUCUGUCGUCUGGUCUCUUGCCUGCUGGCCAGCAAGUGUGUGCCAAGCUCUACUACUCUGGCUUGCAGGGCUACAGCUGGUUAGAAGAGACAUUGCCAGCCUGCGGCUCCUACCUGCUUACUGUGGUGUCGCCCAGCUUACAACUGGCCUGGGCCUACAUCAGUUCCACGGUCAGCUUCCUCUCUACCCACUGUGCCUCCCACCUGGCCUGGUUCAGUGACAGCCUUGCUAGUGUCUCUCAGAGGGUGCAGCUCCCUGAUGCUCUGCACCAGCUGCUGCAUUACCUGAGGGACCUGCUCCUGCUUCUGCACCACAGUGUGCUGCUGCCAGCAUGGCACCUGCUGCUUGAGUCCCUGGCCUGGGCCCAGGAGCACUGCCAUGAGGCGUGCAGAGGUGAGGUGACCUGGGAUUGCAUGAAGACACAGCUCAGCAAGGCUGCCCGCUGGACCUGGCUCUGCCUACAGGACGUCACAGUGGCUUUCUUGGACUGGGCACUCACCAUGAUAUCCCAGCAAUAGGCCCUGCUGCCGGGCACCGGUCCCUGUCUUAGGCAGGCUGGCUGAGGCUGGGGGAUAGAGGGUGCAGCUCUGUUGCUUUGGUACCUGAGUUCCAUCUCUCUCUCAGUUGUGAGUGGGCAGUUGGCCAGAGGUCUGGGCCUCCCACCCAAAGGCCACUGGCUCCUUCUCAGGCCCAGGUGCACAGCCCCAGCCUGAGUGCUAGGCUGGCGGCCUCUCAAGUCCUCUUUUGCCUCCUCUCCACUUCCUUCUGUCUCGUCCCAGCAGCUCAUCUCCAAAACGAUGAGACAGCAUACUUUUCAGCCUCCUUAUUCUUGGUCAUAAAUUUAGCCACAGCAGAAAAAGGAAGGGACCUCCAGAAGGAUCCAGCAUGACAGUGGCCAAUGGCAGCUUUCCCUCUACCCUUCUGCCUGGGUGUAGACGUGGGGCCGAGUGGAAAUGUGUUACCUCAAACACCCAGGACAGGUGCUGCAGGGUCCUCGCUGUCCCCCUCCAUUAGAUGCCUGCUUCAGCUCUCCUUUGCCCUCAGGAAGGCUCUGACGUCUCCACUACCCACUCCGCCAUCCACUUGGAGAGCACAGCUCGUCACUGUGCCUCAGGCCACCAGAGCCUCCCAUCAGCCUGCUGGGGCCCGGAGUCAGGGCUGGGGUGGGGGGUCUGAGUGGAAUAAAGGGCACAGAUUGGAUUCCUAGCUCUCCUCUCUGCUUCCUUGUACAAUUCCCAUAGCCAUGGGAUGGGACAGCAGAGUGGACCGCAGCACCCCUGGGGAUCAUUAGGCCCGGAAAAUCCAUAUCCAUAUCCAUCAUUCAAAAUCAGGCUCCCUUCUGCUCCCGAUUAUCACUUAAAACUGAUUUGUGUUCCAUGAUUUGCCUAGAUAGUUUGAGUGUUGUGUUUUGUUCGGUUUUUGAGACAGGGUCUACCAUGUGUUCCAGGCUAGCCUUCAGCUUUGUAGGCCAGGCUGGCCUCAGACUCAUGGUGGUCCUUUCUGCCUCAGCCUUCCAAGUGCUGGGAUUACAGGCAUGCCGCAUCACACCUGGCAGCUUAAAUGUUUUAUGAUUGGAAAAGCAGGCACUGGGAGUCUUCUGAGAAUCCUUGGCCAGUGAUUAGUAGUGUCCUUCCCUUGGCUGGACCUUAGUUUAUUAAUUGGUUCACUUUAUAAGGCAGUAAGUAAAAACUACCAAGAGACAUGAGUGCAGGGCUUAGCACCCUGUCAUUAAUUUUGAAUUGAGACAGAAGUAGUAACUGCUGUUGUUUCAGUUCUCACCCCAAGUUUCUUCCCUGGAGUGUCUCUGAUGUAAGCAGUGCCACAGGUGCCACUGUAGCCCAUGGGCUGAUACCUGGCUCCCUCAUAAAACCAGAGCGAUAAGCAGAGAUGUGGCCUGUUACCACUUUCCCUCUCCUGGGGAAUACCCCAUUUCCAGCACCAAGGUUAUAAAGAAACAAGUAUGGAAACCUUGGUCCAAAGUGAGAUUGUGAAGACUGGCAUCUGAUGCCUUAUUUUGAGACAAGCUCUAACUGUGUAGCCCAGGCUGGCCUCAAAUUUAGAAAUACUCCUGCCUCAGCCACACCCAGUGCUGGAAUUACAAGUGUAAUUCAAGCCUAGCCUGGACAAUUUAGUGAGAUCUGUCUCGGACAAAUAGGGGUAAGGAUGUAACUCAGUGAAAAGGCCCUAGGCUCAAUUGCUAAUACAACAGAAAAAUUCCAUAAUGUACUCAAAUAUUAAAGAAAAGGUCUGUGCCACCACCAUGGUGUGUGCUACCAUGCCCAGCUUGGCAUCUCAUGCUUUUCCCCUCUGGGGAAGUAAAUAGCCCAUGCCGGGAGAUGCCUUGCUCUCCUAGUGGCAGUUGGCCAAUGACUGUCCUUCCCAAGGAGAAGUCCAUCCUGGCCCAGGCCAACUGUAAGCCUGAUAGGCUGGAAUGUCCAAGGGUCCCAGGAUGGAUGGGUUCCAUUUCCUCUGUUCUCAGCAUUUGGGCACAGACAGGAUGAGCUCUCCCCAGUGAAUCCUUGUAACUAUCCUGUAUUUGGGGCAAAUUAAGAGAAAGGGACUAGGUGAGCCCAAGUUUGCACAGCCCAGGACGAGUAAGAUGAUAAGGCUCCAUCCCAAAGUGACAAGUCCAAGGGGUCCAAGGCUACUGGGCUGAGUUUUGAAUCUAGCAAUCCUGAGAAUGCCAGGAAUAUUAGGUUGGCUUCAAAUGUGUGCACACGAUUUAUGUUAUGUUCUUUAACUUUUAAGUUACUAUCCUUGGGUCCAACUUAAGUAAUCAAGGUCUUCACAGCCUCUCCCAGGGACACUGACACCUCAAUUGGCUUUAUUCAGUUGUUUUCUGACCUCCAGACUUUCCUAUCAAAGUAAUCCAGCACAGUGCCCACUGUCCAUUAAAGUAAAGCCAGACCUCCAGAAACUUUGUUUCUGCAGAGCUGUCAACAAACAGGAGUCUGUGCUGAGCUUGAAAAUUAAAGCAGUCUGCACCCCAGAGUGUAUCCCAGCAGUACUGACAGGUGGGGUGACUGCACUGUUAUGCUGAGGGUGUUGCUGGAAGGAAGCUGGCACUUCACAGCUACAUCUGGAAGUGGUAACUUCACAGUUGGAGUUCCACAGAUAACACAUCAGACUAAAGGGCACUUUUGAGUAUGUGUCUCUUACUAGUUAGCAACUCUUGAAUGGGCUGAAAAUAGAA